CUGUAUCUCUUACAGUCAGUAGACAUGGAGGAUGGGAAGCCUGAUCUGCUGCUAGUCAAAGAGGAGACAAUAGAAGACGAACCAGAGAGCAUUGACCUGCUGAGUGGACUAAAGAUGGGGGAGCAAGAUGGUUGGCCAGAGGCUAACAGAGGGGACUGGGCAGUCAUCUUGAAUUCCCAGACCCAGACGGGUGCAGCCAAGGGCCCGGGGCAUGACAUCAUUGAGCAGGGCAGAACCAGAGGUGACAUAGUGGAGUCUGCAGUCCAUGAAGACCUGAGGAUAUCUGGUGUUGCUGGCAGGAGAGACUGGGCCUCUGAGGUGGCUGGUCACAAACCUUGGCUCCUGAUCAGGACCCUGAAUCAGGAGCCAUCGCUCUUCCUUCCCGAGUCGGAACGGGGACCGAAUCGCGAGGGGCUGAGACUCCACCAGUACACAGAACACAAUCAGUGGACAGGUGGACUGAACAACAGUCCUGGUGGUCAUCAGAGAGACAGAGGCUCCAGUCAGGGAUCCAGUCUGCAGCCCAGACCCUUCUCUUCACAGUCUCAGUGCAGGGAUAAUGCAGGGCCUGGGGCUGAUAUAGAUAAACCCUCCUGUUCCUAUGAUACAAACACCACAGUAUCCAUGAUGAACAGAGCAGGUCACCCUGAGCUUCAGCCUUCACAGAGAGUGGUGGGAGACCCCCCUGGUGAUAGUCUAGCAGCAAGUCUGUCUUCUCCUUCAGGGUCUCAUCUAAUGCCUGUUGACUGGGUUCAUAGAAGUCCUGGUCCUGGGUCUAGCCUUCCUCAGCUACCUCAUGGUUACCCCACCAAUACAGACAGGGUCAGGAUGGGCUUUCACCACAAGAGGUACCUAGCCUAUAACACAGCACACAAUCCAAACAACACCCAAACAAUGGCUAGAGGUCAAGGAGGGAGCUCAAAUAUUAACCACCUGAGGGUGGUGGCUCCUGCUUCUACCUCCUCUGGUGUCAUUGGAUCACAACGUGGGAGGCCUAGCGAUAGCACGGACGAAGAAAAGCCAUACACCUGCCCCACAUGUGGGAAACGCUUUGCUAAGGCGACCUAUGUGAAGAAGCACCAGACCAUUCACAUCAAGGAGAAGCCCUUCAAGUGCAAAUUAUGUUACAAGAGCUUCUCAUUCCUGAGUUACCUUAUCAGACAUAGGAGUGUCCACAACAGGGAGAAAUCAUAGCAUUGUGUCUUGAGAUGUACACAGGGGGUAUCUGGAAAUAAUUAUUUAGCUGAAAUAUUAUAUUUCACAUGUGAAAUGUCCUAGAGUUUUAGGGGAUUACCAAGUCCCUCAGUUGAGCAUCUGGGUAAACUCACAUUCUCACAUGAUACAGACAUGUUGUUUGGUGUGCUGGCAUAGCCAAAACACUGCCAUGUUACUGAAGUGUAACACUGUAUUCUCCCUCUGAAUUUGGUUUUGCUUAUGUUCUAUUCAUAAUAAAUAUGUCCCUCUUUUUUUUAUAAUACCCCCCCCCCCCCCCAUACACACUCACACACACAAUCAGGUUGUACCUGUUCCUUUAUUUACUAAAAAUCAAAAUACACCCUCUUUUUAUAACACCUUUAUAACAAGCCAGGUCUGUUGAGAUGAAGAGGUCCAAAAACAACCUCUACUGUGUCCCUUUCCCCUAUAGCCCUCCCAUGGCACUGGGUAGUAGGUUGGACUUCUCCAUAAUCAGAUAUUUGUCAUCCUCCCCUCUAUCAACUUUCAUCUCCCAUGUCUUUUAUGUGUAUUAUUGUUAUGCAUCUUCCAUGGUUGUAGCAAACAUUGCCGCUCAAUAAUUGACUUCCUCAGCCACACAAGUCAUUGCCUGACGAAUCAAACUGAAUUGUUCCGAUGCUCUAUCGUUCGCAACAUGCUUCAGUCUGAGACUGCCAUCAUUGAAGUCGUCGUGGUGACGUCAAAAUGAGGGGUGUUUUACAAAAAAGUCAUCAGCGAUUGGAUCAUUUCUAACCAGUCAGUGUCAAAGACAAUGAUGAAUUUUCAAAAAGCAGCUUUACCCAAUGUGUGUUCUGGCUUUGGCCCAACCCAUCAGUUUCUGGGGCCAAUCGGAACAGUUAGAAUGUGUUUGCGUUUUAGGAGUUGUCAGGGAGGUACUCCGAUCCAGACUCAUUGCGGAGCGUUUGGCAUAGCGUUUGGGUAGCCAGGCAAAACAAGUCACACUCAAAGUUAGCUGUAUUUAUACUGACGUACGUCACCAUGUCAAUAGCCUGAAGGCUUCAGGUCUUGUGAUGACUGGGGUAAAAUAUUAAACAUGAACGAAUGUGCACCUGUACUUGAGAUUGCAGAGUGACUGGAUGGCUCUUCAAACUGUUUAGGAUGGUAAUUAACCACAUGCCCCUCAUUAACCCUUUUGUUAACUUGUCAUUUGAAAUGGGUUUGCGUAAACUGUUUUCAGAGACAGGAAUCCUAGGCUCGAAGAAGGACAGUUGAAUAGUUACCUUGCUGAGGUGAUGUAGAUGGAAUAAAGUAAUACAAUUUUUGUUCUACUA